CGGCUACAAAACCAGAACAAGAGGAGUAAUGAAAGGAUCCUCAUGACAUAUCCCUCUCUGAAGAAAAUUGACCGCUGUCAUUGCAGAGACGUAAGGGCUUAGGCUGUUGUUUAUGCAUGCACACAGUUACUCAACAGCCCCUCCAAUAGACUUGUGGAUUGUGCAAACAUGCUGCGAUUAGUCAGGACAUCACUGUGCCUCUACUGCCAUAGGACUCAAGUUAUGCCACACAUGAGGCCCUACUCCUCGUUCAUUCAGGAAGAGAACACAGUUGCUGUGGACACUCUGUACGACCUGUCAGUAGACAUCAGUAAAGUCCGCAAGCUGAAGGGUUGGGUGUUGCGGCAGAGUCCUGUGUAUGUGAGCGAGACCGCCACACUGUUGAGGGACAUGGGGGCCAAUGGCCAGGUCAUCGCCCGUGUCUUGGAGCUCUACCCAGAGGCCAUCCUCUGUACACCUGAACAAAUGGAGGUGCAGAAAAAACUGUGGAUGUCAGUCUGCGCCAGCCAGAAGGAUCUGGUAGGAAUCAUCGAAAAAUUCCCUGCCUCAUUUUUCACACCAUCCUCUGAUCAUGACAACCAGACAGCCAAUAUUCUGUAUUUCCAAACGCUGCUUCUUAACAAACGCAUCAUUAGUAAGCUCAUGGCCACCGCGCCUCAGAGCUUCAGCCGACCGGUGGAGCAAAAUCAGGAGAUGAUUCAAGCGCUCCAGAAGACCUAUUUGGACUUGGGUGGCAGAGAGGACAACGUGAAGGUCUGGCUUCAGAAGCUGCUUAGUCAGAAUCCGUAUGUGCUUCUAAAGCUCCCAGAGGCCCUGCGGAAUAACUUGAUGUUCCUACGUGAAAGCGGCUUCACCAGCAAUGACCUCUUGCAGCUACUGUCCAAAUUAAGGGGGUUUGUCACCGAACUCAACCCUGAAAGCAUGAAAGUCACCCUCAGCUACUCACAGGAAACCCUGGGAUGCACAGAAGCAGAGCUCAGGCAGAUUGUUCUUCAGUGUCCAGCCUUGUUAUACUAUUCCGUGCCUAUACUAGUUGAUCGGUUCAAAGGCCUCCUCUCUACUGGAGUCACUAUGGAGCAGAUCACCGCGACACCCACAGUGUUGGAACUGACAACCCAUAUAGUUCAGCAUCGCAUUCAGAAACUGCGCUCUUAUGGUUAUGAUAUACGGACUGGCAGCCUGGAAGUCCUCAAUGGCACCAAGAAAGACUUUGAGAUGAGCUAUGGAAAACUGCAUCUUAGGCGAGAGAGGCCGCAUUUUAAUCCAGUAGCACCACUUAGCACAGAGGAUUAAGAUUGCUGCACUUCCAUUAAGUUGCAAGCAUUGUAUUGAAGUGCCAAGGUGCUACACAGAAUAUUAACAGUCGUGUCUGUCAUCACCAAGGGAAACUCAGGUUUUCUGUAUGAAUAGAUUAAUUUAUUCCUUAUUAUUUAUUUUGGUAAUUGAUGUGCUGAAAAGAAUAAAUUGUUGAAUGUUUUGUUGAAUUGUUGAAGGUGAUUUGAUAGAUAUUGCAAAAUUCAUUGCUACACGCUUUGCUCAAAGAAAUGAAGCUAUAUUAUUUUCUCUCCUUCUCGUCAUAUUAGUAUAUACUGUGAAUAGUCUAUCUAUCUAUCGAUGGAUGGAUGAUGAUAGAUAGAUAGAUAGAUACUCUGUACUAUGCAGAGAUGGACAGAAAUAAAAAAUAACAAAUUUAAUAUUAGUGUUGUGGCAUGAGCCAUUGGUUGUAUGAAUCGAAUUAAUUUUUUACAUUAUUUUUAUGACAAUUAAGUGAGCCCUUCCCAGCAAUUCUCAUUACAUUAACGCUUAUAGUGUUUAAUUUUAUUUAUAUUAUUCAAACAGGUCAUUCUCAUUAGAUUCUCAUUACAGUAAUAUACUUUUUUUACUGUAUUGUAGUAAAAAUACUGUAAUACAUUUUUUUUAUUUAAAUCAGCAUAUAGUUAACAAUGACAAAGUCAACAAAAUAAUACCGUGAUGUAUGAAUAUAUUACAAUUGAUCUUUUUUUCCUAUCAUUUAGCUGUCGUUUGAUUUGCGCAGAUGUGUUCUUGACUGGUUUUGUGGGAUUUGCCCUAAUAGUGCUUUGCCAAGUAAUUUGUGCAGCUUUUAAAUUCCUUUUGUUUUCUCAUCAAAGUCUCUAAUAAGAAGCAAUAUAAAAUACCUCUUUGAGGUAUGCAUUAUGUAGAUAAAUAUUCAUAUCAAUGAAUGUUUACCUGUAUGCUGCUGAACUCUAUGCAGCCAAAAUCUCAUUUGCAAGUAUUUCUCAAUAUUUUGGCCUCUGGGCAACAUUUCGAGAUAAUUCUGUGCUUUUUAAUGAUUAGACUAAAGACUUUACUGGUAUCUAUAAUGAGUUACAUUACAGAUUGCCUUGUGGCAUCUGCUGUAUAUGCUUUGGACUUUAUGAUGUCUUUAAUAGUGAAAUAAAUUACAUUUCUU